AUGGACGCAAUUAUCUCCGCUGCGGCACAAGAUGGACUGGUCAUUUGCUUCUGUUUCCUGGCAACGGGGCAACUGGCCCUGUGUCAAGCUGUCUUGAAGGCUUUUCUGGGCAACGAGUCUGGCUAUCCAAACCAACGCAUCUCGAUUACGAAAAUCACAUCGGCUCCUCCGAUUCCUCCUGGGUGGAAGAGGACAGACCUGCUCGGUUGCGUGACUGGCUUGGAUCGCGGCCCGGAACCAAUGGAGUUGAAGGAAUCAUUCGGCCAAGUCCUGUGGAAAGGUGAAAGGAAGAUGAUCGGAAGCCAUCAGCACGGUUUGGACGAUCUUAUACAAUGCGUGAAUUGCACGACGGUGGUGGUCGAGAUUGCGUAA